AAAGAAAAUCUUUAUCCAGCUGCAUUAUUAAUCAACUUGUUCGAUCAAUGACGCUACAUAUCCUUUGCCUUAAAGUUGAUCCACCUAUAUAUAAAUUCAUGCAUUUCCUUGCAUUUUCUGAUCUCAAUUUCCCUUAUAUAUAUAUAGUUUAAAUAUAUGCAUUGUAGUUAAUCUAUUUUCUUCUAUAAAUCUUUUAUAGGUUUGGUCGAGAAGAAGUUAAGAAUAUGGCUUCUUCUAAGCCUAAUUUUGAUCAUAUAAUGGUUUGGUUAUUAGUCGGAGCUUUUACCAUUCUUCGAGUUUGCUCGGCUCAUAACCAUAACCAUAGCCUUACCGACAACAAGUAUCCCUCAACAUCCCUCUCCGUUGAUAUUUCUAGAGGACGUCAAAUACCUCCUAUUUUUUUUGGCAUCUUUUUUGAGGAGAUUAAUCAUGCUGGGGCUGGUGGUUUGUGGGCAGAGCUGAUAAGCAAUAGAGGAUUCGAAGCUGGAGGUCGACAUAUACCAUCAAUGAUUAGUCCAUGGGGCGCAAUCGGAGACGAAGAAGCAAUAUCAAUAGUAACAGAGCUAUCAUCGUGCUUUAAAAAUAACCCGGUCGCACUUCGAAUGGAUAUACAUUGUGAUCAAACAACUUGUCCUCCUGGUGGAGUUGGAAUUUAUAAUCCUGGCUAUUGGGGAAUGAAUAUUGAAGAAGGAAACGGUUACAAAGUGGUGUUCCACAUUAAAUCAACCGGACCACUUGACAGUGUUAUGUCACUUGUUAGCGAAGAUGGGACACAAGUUCUUGCCUUCCAGCGGGUAACGGCUGAUGCCGCGAAAGUUAAAGAUUGGACAAAGUUGGAGAUUACAUUACAAGCUAGAGCAUCAUACAAGAAUGCUAGAUUUCAGUUUACUACAACCCAAAAAGGAACAAUUUGGCUUGAUCAAGUAUCUGUUAUGCCUAAUAACACAUAUAAGGGUCAUGGAUUUCGAACUGACUUGAUGGAAAUGCUUCUCAAUUUGAAGCCUAGGUUCCUUAGAUUUCCCGGUGGAUGUUAUGUUGAGGGAAGAUUGUUAAGUAAUGCUUUUAGAUGGAAGGAAACUGUCGGUCCAUGGGAAGAAAGGCCAGGACAUUUUGGUGAUGUUUGGAACUAUUGGAGUGAUGACGGACUUGGUUACCUUGAAUAUCUUCAGCUAGCAGAAGAUCUAGGUGCUGAGCCCGUGUGGGUUGUUAAUAAUGGAAUUGGUCUCCAGGAUCAAGUUGAUACUCAUCUAAUCGGGCCUUUUGUGCAAGAAAUGUUGGAUAGUGUCGAGUUUGCUAUAGGUAGUCCGAAUUCAACAUGGGGUUCCCUUCGUGCAAAAUUGGGACAUCCAACGCCAUUUAACCUCAGACACAUUGCCUUUGGUAACGAGGGUUGUGACUUAAAGAGCUAUACAGGAAAUUAUCUCAAGUUCUACAAAGCCUUGAAGAAAAACUAUCCUAACAUCAAAGUAAUUUCAAAUUGUGAUGCAACACAGAAGCCCUUAGAUCACCCAGCCGAUUUAUAUGACUUUCAUAGAUACACAAAUGAUACGGAUAUGCUUGGUCUAACUCAUUUAUUUGGGAAGAUAAGAAGGGAUGAUCCUCACGCACCAAAGGCUUUUGUUAGUGAGUAUGCUGUGAUAUACCCCCAAGAUAAAAUGAAGAACGGAUCAUUUGGAGGAGCAUUAGCCGAAGCUGCUUUCUUGCUUUCACUAGAGCAAAACAGUGAUGUUGUCGAAAUGGUGAGCUACGCCCCACUUUUCGUAAACUUGAACGACAGAACGUGGAAUCCUGAUGCGAUUUUCUUCAAUACAUAUAAAGCGUAUGGAAUUGCUAGUUAUUGGGUUCAAACAUUCUUUAAAGAAUCAAGUGGAGCAUCGCUUUUGAAUGUUCAUUUCCACAACCAUUCGAUGCUCGAAAACACAUACGUUACUGCAAUAAGUUGGACUAACAAGCAUGAGAAAAAGAAUUAUAUAACUAUCAAGGUCGUGAACUACAACAAUGUAUCGGCAAAUUUGAAGAUAUCUAUCAAUGGAGUUGAUGCAAACUCGGUUAAACCAUGGAGGAAAACCGUGCUAACCUGUGAUGAUUUGCAGGCUGAUAAUACACUAGAUAAUCCUACCAAGGUGGUGCCAAUAUCAAGUUUGCUCAAAAGUGAAAUCGGAAGAGACAUUGUUGUAGAGGUCGAACCAUACUCGUUCACAGCAUUCGAUCUAAUAAAUAAUGGACAAAGUCCGAGCCUUGAAGCUAAGCAAGUUCCAAAUUCCUAAAUGUAAUUUGAUCGAAAUUCCCUAUUUUUUGGUGAAAAAAUAGAUAGUCUUCAACUAUUAAUUGUCACUACAAGAAUUUGUAUCUUUAACGACAACCUAAUUACGACGGGUUAAAAAUCCCGUCGCAAAAGCCUUUUGCGACAGGGCUAACAACCAAACAAUGACGGGAAUUACCGUCACAAAUUUCUUUUACGACGGGUUUACGACAGAUUUACGACGGGAUUUCUAUUAACGACGGCCUCCUUUUAUGACGGGUUCGCGACAUGAAAUCCCGUCGUUAAUCAACGAUUAUUGGUCUUUCGCGACGGGAUUUCCCGUCGUUAAUAGUAUAAUUUCUUGUAGUGUGUAGACGGGGUUUUUCAGGAGUUACAAUGCAUACAUAGAUUUCUACCAUUAGAUUUUCUUUUAAUUGUGCAUAAAUUUCUAGCUUCAUUGUCUAUUUUGUGCAAUAAUUGUUACUUUUUGUUUUCCAAUUGUAAAUGAUAAACUCAACUACAAUUCCUUUUAUUUUUAUGGUUUUAUUUGUUGCAAACA